UUGAUGAGUAAAAUACUAUUUUGGGGUGUUGAAGAAAAACUAAAAAGUGUGUGAAAUGCAUUAAAUGUGCGUAUUUUUUGUUAUUAGUCAGAAGAGAAACAACGAGGCAUCUUGUAGAGAAUAGAAAGACAAGGAAGGGUUAACCCCAAAACGUGCAGUAGUGUGUGGUCGUGUUCAGUAUGGAAUAAACGAUCUGAAAAGGAGUGAAACUGCGCUAACGUCCUGAAUGUGUCCACUAAGAACAGAUAUUUUGUUUUCAGUUGCAAACGGAACGAAAUGGGGAGGUACCUAUCUGGAUUUGUCCAAUAUAAACUAUAGUUUGCGUUUGGCGUAAACGCAACAGAAUCGGUAUAAUGAUUACACACCAGCACAAUCCCCAGUAUAUUUGUUAUGAUGCGAAGAAAGUACAACAUUUCGACAGCGCCCUGUCUAACCCGGGGCUGCAUGGCCAGUUUGUGGAGCUGAACGAGGCCUACAGGGUCCUGAGUAAGGAGGUGUCCCAGAGAGAGUACGACCUGCGGCUACAGCACCCUUUUACCGGGGAACAGGCCUUCAGACCCACCUCCACACAACCCCAGGAGAGUAUGCGCUACUAGGAUCAGUUCAAACCCUGUCAACCUGAGAAGUGAGGGAGGAAGAUGAACUUUAGAAUAAUUAGCUACUACAGUUGGAGUCUGUCCAUAACAACUUCACGGACGAGAAGAAGAUCUACAAUGAGCAGAUCUACAAUGAGGGCAAGCGUAAACGGGUUUAAGAAGCAGACAGAGAUUCUCAGACAGAAUUCUCAGGAGAAACACAAAAUCACUUGCAACAAGUAGGAGUUUAGUAGAAUACGAGCACAUCGUAAAACAUGGGGGAUUGAUUUGGCCGAACACCUCGGAAGAGGAAUGGAGUCAUCCAGGAAGGGGGGUGAACAGUUGAUGGAGUUAUAGGAGUAGUUAACUUUUCCACUGGUUUGUGGCAGACGUUGAUGAUAUGCACAGCUCUCGUUUGCUUGGACCUUGGAUACUAAGCCUUGGACCUUGGAUACUAAGCCAAGGAGUUAAAAAACACGAGUGUAAUACCUGGGUGAAAGGGAGACAGUAAUGGGGUACAUGUCUUUGUCACAGUAAAGCCUCGCCACACAGCCAUUCGAGGUUUCUCCAGGAGGAGAAUACGUUGUGGAGGUUUGGUCUGGUAUCACAAGACUAACAGCAGUAGGUCAUUAGCAGCACAUCUCUUCCUCUAUUGGAUGGAACCAUGACUCCUGUUAGCCAGUUGCUAAUUGGUUUGCAUACCCGUGACAUGAUGGUUUCCCCACGGCCGUUCAGAGGCAGUCUCAGCAAGAUUCAUGGGACUGUGUGAAUUUGCCCACUGGAGAUGGGGGCAUUCCAGAUAUUGUAAACUUCAGUGUUCAGUAAUGUAAGUCUAUGACUGCGUACUGUAAAGACUUUAAUCAAAGGUAGAAUCCCUUAAUGACAGAAAGGGGGUGCUCUGCACAGCUGCCCUUGAACCACUGGGAUUCAGUUAUUGCUCUGUGUGUCAAUGAUACCAUGGAUCUUUUGACUCUGCUACUGGGCCCAUGGUGAACCCAAAUACAGUCAUAAAAAUAUACUGUUCGGGACAGGAGUUUUUCCUGACAAUGUUACCUACAUGCAAUAUUUAGGGCCUUCUGCUUUUCCUGGUUAUGUGAUGAGGAACAACUGUCCCUAGAUAUACUAUAUACUUUCCCAUUGAAAGGACAUGGAAUCAAGAGACAUUUUGAAAAUUAAGUCAUAUUAGGACUUUUUAAAAUGGUAUUUAAUUGUGCACUUCUCUGAUGUUGAAGAAUUCAUUUUAGGAAUGGUAAUUAUACUAUGGAAAGUACUGAAGUGCCACGCAGGCAGAUUUAUUGAGAUUAGAAAUGUAUUUAAUUUAUUGCUGUGGUGACGGCCAACCGACACUUACCAUAAGUCACAGAUUGUGUUUCAGUGAUGUUUAAUGACAGCCUUAACUCUUCACAGUGUCGUGGAGUCAUGCAAUGAUGAAUAACUUAGUAAACACUGUUCCUCUGAUCUCAACCAACAACCUCCAAUGUUUCAUUUUGAGUUUGUUUCUCACCUGAUUCCACGCUCGCAUGUCCUGUCAGGUUUGGGAGUGAGCGAGUGGUGCAGUGUUUGUUAAUGACUCUAUGGCCUUGUGUUGUUUCUCAAGCCCUUAGCUGAAACCACAGGAGAUAACAGGUCCCUGCAUACCGACAUCCCCUAUGUAGUGCACAAGUGCCCCCUCAUAACCAAAACACACCAAACUGACAGAGACUCUUCUGUCGACGUAAAGACAAACUGAUGGGAGACAGGGUUCACUGUAUGGUCUGUGCUGCUGAUCAAGGUUUUGUAAGCCUCUGACUGUGACCUAAAUUAGUUGUGCAAAUGUAUUAUUCCAACCAAAUAAAUGAUUAAUAUCAAUUGACUGGGGGUGAUCAGUUAGUGGUCUGUGUGUGUUAUGUGUCUGUCUGUGAGCUUGGAUGUGGAUUUGGGUGAAUAUGAUAUAAAGAGAUCUUAGUGCAAUAAAAUGACCCCCUUUAUUGUAUCGUUAUUAUAAAAUGUAUUAUGUGGCUGAGAAAGUGGAGUGGUAAAUUAUUGAUUGACCUGCUGAAUGACGAAUUGAAGGGCGACGUUCACCUGUGUCCAGUGCGCGGGUGCGUCCAUGUCAUUUUGAAAAAGUUGGCAGUGCAAAGGUUACGCGGAAUUCGGAGUGCGUCGAGUGGAGUGCGCCUUUUAAUUGUGAUCUGAAGGGCAAAGGACAUGAGCAACCAAUCAUAACAGACCAAGAGACGCUGUCAAGGACCCUUCUCUUUGUGGACUGCUCUGGCACCAUUAACUUCUAUAUGUUAUUAUCAAAGAGGACAAAAGGAUAAGUCGCGGCGGCACAUGAGUCUUCAACGAAACGUCAUCUUUCUCCGAGACACGGCUGUGGAUAGGCUGCGCAGUGUCAUGAGAUGUGCGUUCGGCACCGUACCCUCUGUGAUUCAAGACAUUAGUGUUGGAUCGUAAAUAAGUGCUUUUUGUCCUUUUUAAUCGUUUUUAGAGACAAGGAUACAAUAUUGCAAAAUAUCUUAUCCGGACUGUAAAUGGACCUGUUGUCACGCUACUACUGACGCUCAACCACGGACCGUUUCAUGGGUUUCUGGCCAACAAUGGGCGAAUGUAACCGGUUUACAUACCCGAACCUCUGGCUUUGGAAUAUUGGGGGCCGUCAUUCAAAGUUCACACAACUCUCAGUAAAAUAGAUGCAACCAAACUGUAUUGAAUUGAACGUGAACGACUGAGAUUUAUUAAACUAGGCUAUUUGUCAAUCUGCAGGCUAUUUGUCAAUAUGCAAAAUGCAUAUGUGUGCGCUUGAUUGCCAAUAAUGAUUUGGCCGAUUGAUGGCAUUCGAUUAUAAAUUGUUAUAUUGUAGCCAAAUACAUUGUGCAAUUGUUGAUGAAUUAAGUUACAAUCUCAAGCCACUCAUUUGAGUGUUAGCCUACUCAUUUGCCAUAGACGGAUUCAUAAUUACUUGUAUGUAUACAUGAAUAUAUUUCACGUUCUUAACAAACGGAAAGGGAAUGCCACCCCGGUUGUCAAUCCAUAACAUGGAACCUAAGGACUGCAGAUUGAAUAUUGAUUGAGUUGAGUGAAAAGACAAAAGAAAAUCAUCAAUUAAUUUACGGAAAAUUCGGCUUUUUGGAGUUCUGCACAAUGGGGAUUAUGCUUCAAGUUAUUCUAGGAAUGUUUCAGUUCCUCUUGCUCUCCAGAAUACCCACGUCCCAUGCUAAGCUAGCCCACUGGAGACCUGCGGACACCACCCCCAAAUCUAGAGAAGUGCGUCGGUGGUUGGAGGUGUACUCUCGGAGUGGGUGUGAGCCCAGGGAUACCCUGGUGGAGGUGUGGCGGGAGUUGCCGGGAGAGACGCAUCACCUCUUCGUGCCUUCCUGUGUGUCGGUCCGCCGCUGUGGUGGGUGCUGCUCCGACGAGGCAUUGGAGUGUGUGCCCUCACUCACACACUCUAUCACCAUGGAGCUAAUGAAGACCUCCUUCAUGAAGCAUGAGCUCAUUGAGCUGGACUUCGUUGAGCACAGCCAGUGUGAGUGCAGACUAAAAGAGAAUCUUCAAUCAGCCCCUACCAGGCCAGCAAAGCCUCUGAGGAAAGGCAGGAAAAGGGACAGAGGAAAAUCCAAACGAAAGAAAAGUGGAACUAUACCCUCCUCUCCCCCCACUACGCCCUCUCCUCCCCCGACCACCCCGUCUCCCUUGCCAGGCCCUCGAUGUACCCCCUGUCCUGGGAGGAAGUGGACACUCGAUUUGCAUUCAUGUCGGUGUCGCUGCAACGUGACCACAGAAAGCUGCAGUCAGAAAGGGAGGGGGCUCAACCAGCACCUCUGCAGAUGUGAGGCCAGGAGGCGGUGAUGCUCUUUCUCUCUGCUGGCUCCAGACUCACUCUCAUCCAUGCUCAUCCACUCUCAUCCAUGCUAAGCAGAAGUCUGGGUAACAAAGAGGAGUGGAGGAUGUACCCCUAACUCUCCUCUUCCUUGUCCUCCAGAACCACCAAGUCAGUGCAGUAUUACAACGUAAAUAUAUGUACCUGUGUGUAGAGCUGUAUAUGUGUAGUCAGUCUCAUCACACAGCUUCUUCAGGCGCUAAGCUGCUAUCGUCCAGUCAACGUGUAUGUAACACUCUCCUUCACAAGAAUAAAUGAUGGGACCAAAUGUAAAGCACAGUUUAGAUGUCUGGUAACAUGAGGGCGAUGUGAGGUAGUGAGUCGCCAGGACGUUAGUUGUGGACCAGACAGAAUUCAACACUCACACCUCCAAUGCUGUAUGGGACAUUGGGACUUUGGACAUGAAGAGGAUUUAAAGACUGAUCACAGAUCAGAUUUAACAGACGUGUUCGUGUUGAGUUUUGUUGUCUUCAUAGACACGGUGGGUCAGUUUUGCCCAUGAACUGCUAUUGGACUGUUUUGCAGAAAGACAAUGGCAACAGACAUAAUGAUCCUGAUAUUGAUACGUGUGUUAUAUUGUGUGUACAGGGAGACCCCCGAUAGGAGAAUGAUUCCAGGAUCAAGUCAUUAAAGUGCAGUAAGGAUAUAGAAUAGUGAAUGAACAUGCAUGCACACACGCACACAUGUACACACACACAUACACACGUACCAGCUAUUUGUUGUGUGUAUAAAGCCAUCAGGGAUACCCCAUGGACCUAUAGCUAAGUCAGUUGAAUAGCUGCAUAGACUGUAUCUGUGUGGUCUACACACUGAAUGGCACAGAUGGGUUAACAGGCUGGAUCACUGAGGGGUUUUACAGGCUGGAUCACUGAGGGGUUGUACAGGCUGGAUCACUGAGGGGUUUUACAGUCUGGAUCACUGAGGGGUUUUACAGGCUGGAUCACUGAGGGGUUGUACAGGCUGGAUCACUGAGGGGUUUUACAGGCUGGAUCACUGAGGGGUUUUACAGGCUGGAUCACUGAGGGGUUGUACAGGCUGGAUCACUGAGGGGUUGUACAG